UCCUGGUGAGGCUCACAGGCGAGAUGUUUUCUUGGGGAGAAGACUGUCGGCGAGGCUUCUGUCUGAAAGGAGACCCCGUCACAGAUGAAGGAGUUCAUUAUUUAAAUUUUAGUCAUAGGGUCACGGAUCUCUCAGCAGGUCGCAGCGUGCUGGCUUUCCUUAAAAGUAACGGGAACGCGUUCAUUUUGCGCACUGAUGAGAGCAAAGAUGGAAACAGAGUAAGAAGAAAACAGAAGUUUGUGAAGUGUAAGGAGAGGAUUGAGGCAGUGAGCUGUGAAGACGAUGUAGUAAUGCUGCUGUCUGAGAAAGGCUCUGUUUUCUGUGUAGACACGACCCACACCCCGUACACACCAAGGAUAUUGGACGCUUUUUCUAACAUACCAGUUGCACAAGUUGCUUGUGGGAGCCAGCAUUCAGUUGCUCUGACAAAAGAGGGUCAGGUGUACACCUGGGGCCUGGACUCCAGGGGUCAGCUCGGACUGGGGAAGAGACAUUCAGGAGAGAGAUCACCUCAGCCAGUCCGAUCCUUGUUGUCCGUCCCCGUGGUUCAGAUCUCUGCGGGAGGAGACCAGAGCUUCGCCCUCUCCGUGUCCGGAGGCGUGUUCGGCUGGGGCAGGAACGACUGUGGACAGCUUGGACUGGGAGACACAAAAGACAUGUACACACCAGCUUGUGUUCAAAGUUUGAAUCUGAAGAAAACAGGAGACAUUUCCUGCGGGAAGGACCACACCGUCGUUUUGACGAAGCAUGGGGCAGUGUUCACAUUCGGUUCUGGUCAAUAUGGACAACUUGGACACAACUCCUUGCGAAAUGAACUCCGGCCUCGACUUGUUGCUGAACUUUGGGGGGCAAAAGUUAUCAAGAUUGCUUCCGGGAGGUAUCACACAUUAGUUCUGACAGACAGCCAAAAGGUCUACUCCUUUGGUUGUCAAACUCAAGGUCAGCUGGGAAACAGAGAAGAAAGCAAUCCAUCUGUGCCUCUACCUGUUUGUCUACCUCGAGUUUCAGAUGCAGUUCAUUCCAGAAUUGGAACCAUCUUUGCUGGAGAAAACUGUUCAUUUGCAGCCUGCUCUUCUGAUGAGGACGUUAGCUUAAAUUCAGACACUAACACAGUCAGCAAAGUAACUCAGCACAGUUUAGAAGUUGUGGUUGAUAAAUGGACGUCUAAAUGUGAUGAAAAGUCAUGGAGAAAGAUUAGGCAGGAAAUCCACAGGACAUUUUUAUCUGCAUCCUGUUUGAACAAAAGCUUCCUUGAAGAAAGACAAGAUAAACAUUUAAAAACCUCGUCAAAGUACCAUGGGCUGAACCUGAAACUGGCCCGACGGCAUUUUAAGAAACUGGUCAAGACAGACCAGUUUGUCUGGAGAGAGGUUGAAGCUGCAAUUCUGCAGUUGCUUCCUCUCCUUGAUAAGAACCCAGUAGGAGUGGAGAGUCUGAGGAUCUUUCUGCUCCUCAAUGAGCUUCUUCAUGUCAUCCAGAAGUACAGAAAGCAGCAGCGCAGCAAGCUAGCUGAGAUGGUCGCUACUGCUGUAGCAAGCCUGUCAAGGGAAAGCCUCAUGGUUUUAGGUGAGUGGUGGUCCUCGCUGUCGUCAUCCACCAUGAAGAGAUUUGUCAGCGUGUGGAGGCAAGCUCUCUGUCUGAUCUUGUCCGAUGAGCAUGCUCCUCGCAGUGAUGGUGUCAGGAACCUGCUUCAAGUUCUUCAGUAUAUGUACAAUGUUAACAGCACGGUUUCUGAGUCGCAAAGGCUGCCAGAAAGUGAUUUUUAUGUGAUGAUCGAAAAAAGGUUUCUCUUCAGAGAACUGCAAAUCUGGCGUUUAAAAUCAAAACGCAGGUAUGUGCGUGAUGAGCCACUUGUUCUGUGCAACUUCCCGAUUGUGAUGGAUCUGCAAACAAAGACAAUGGUUUUUAACAUGAAUACUUAUCUCACCCAGGUGGAGUUUUGGUUGAGUAUUUUGAACCAGGUGUUCAUGGAAAUGUUAUCUCCCUACUUGGAACUGCACCUAAACCGAGCGUCUGUGUUAAACGACACAUUUGAACAGCUGGCUGAGGCUGAUCAGAAAGAUUACAAGAGAAACCUUGUGGUGAUUUUUGAUGAGAACAAUGAAAUUGAUCCUGUCUACGUAAAAGACUUUUUCCAUGAAGUCUUUCAUGAGUUGAUGUCUGCUGAAUCUGAGAUGUUCAUGUUCAAUGACUCCAAAACACUGGCGUGGUUCUCCUCUGAAGCUUCACAGGAGGACCAGCGUUUCCACCUGUUUGGGGUUUUGUGUGGACUGGCUUUGUACAACAAGGUGAUCAUUUACUUACCCUUCCCACUGGUGCUGUUCAAAAAGCUGCUUGGAGUGAGGCCUUCACUGGACGAUUUGAAAGAAUUCAGUCCAAGUUAUGGCAAUGGUCUGCAGUCCAUCCUGGACACAGACGAAGACCCAGAGGAGAUGUAUUUUACAAUCCCAUGGGAUGGAACUGAGAUUGAUCUUGAUCCUGAAAAUCCUGACAAGCCAGUUACCAACGAAAACAAGAGAGAGUUUGUUGACGCCUUUGUGAACUAUGUCUUCAACACGUCAGUGGAGGUUGUGUUUUACGAGUUCAAGCGAGGUUUCUUCCAAGUUUGUGACCGGGACUUGGUGAGACAUUUUACACCAGAGGAACUGCAAGAAACUCUAGUUGGAAAGGACUUCUGUGACUGGGAAAAGCUGAAACAGAACACAGUUUAUGAGGGCGAGUACAAUGCCGACCACCCCAUCAUACAGAUGUUUUGGGAAGUUUUCGAUGAGCUAAAGGAGAAUCAGAAGAACACCUUUCUGUGGUUCGUCACUGGGUUUGAACGGGUUCCGAUCCUCGGCUUGGACAAGAUAAAGAUGAUCAUCAAAGUUGAAUCCAUGAAGGAUGACCAGUAUUAUCCUGCGACCCACACUUGUACCUCCACCCUGGAACUGCCUCUGUAUUCAACCAAAGACAUCAUGCAAGCCAAACUAACCGAAGCUCUUAGCAACAAAAGGAUCAGUCAGUGCGUUUGAUUCAGGAUGAAUCCCUGACUGGAUCUUUACUGAGUGAUGCGGAUGUUUUUACUCACGGACACAGCACUUCUCUAACUAUAUGUAUAUAAAGAAAAACAGGUUUUAAACUAAAACAGUUUUAAUCAAAACCUGCAAAGAAAUUGUUACUGUCAUGUUUUGUAACUCAUUGUUAUACUUUAGUUUACAGUGAACCCUCGCUAUAACGCCGUUCACCUUUCACGGCCUCUCUGCUUCGCGGAUUUUUUUGUGCAG